AUGGCUUCCGGCGCGCUGCUGGCGCUGAGCGCGGUGCUGGCCGCCGGCGCGGGCCCCGGGGCGGUGGGCGCGGGGUCGCUGCGGGUCGGGGUCGUUCAAGGCUCGCGCUGCGCGGCCCGGUGCCUGAGUCUGUGGCUGCUGCAGAACAAUGGUUCCCUGGUUUGGUGCCAGAAUGACAAGCAGUGUUCGACGUGUCUGGAGCCCUGCAAGCACCCAGGGGAGCUGGAGACGAAGUCAUGUCAGAACUUCUGUGAGCCACUGUUCCCGGUGUGGAGCCACGAGUGCCUGAGCAGCUGCGCCUUCAUUCGCUCGCUGCUGGUGGCCAAGCAGGGGACGUGUCCAGCGCCGGCCCGAGCCAGUGGUUUCGCAGCGGCCUGCGUGGUUGGCUGUGAGGCCGACCCUGAGUGCCCCGGGGGCCGGAAGUGCUGCUCCAAUGGCUGUGGCCGCACCUGCCAGGCACCCCGGGGGGCCUUCAGAGGGGUCCCCCUGAAACCCCGGAGGCAGCUACGGCUCAGGGAGCUGGGGUCAGGGCCCCUGGAGGUUCGGUGGUCGUCCAGGUUCAACGUCUCCCUGGAGCCCGUGGUGUACGUGGUGCAGCGCCGGUGGAAUUAUGGGAUGGCGCCCAGUGAGCACGGGGCCACUGCAUGGGAGACGGUGGCCCAGACCACAGACCAGCAAGUCCGGCUGCCCGAUGUCCGGCCCGGCCGCUGGUACCAGUUCCGAGUGGCUGCUGUCAACGUGCAUGGCACCCGGGGCUUCACCACUCCUGGCAGGCACUUCCGGUCAUCCAGAGCUCCGUCGGCCCCACCGGCCCCUGCCGACCUGCGUGUGCGGAACUCCACGGUGCACGGCGCUGAUGGGACUGUGGCUGCCACCGUGGCCUGGGAGCCCCCCGAGGACCCCGACGUCCCCGUGCACCACUACAGGGUCUCCUGGGGCCACGUGGCCGAGGGGCAGCGGCGGAGGAAGACAGCAGACGGGCGCCGGAGCUCAGUGACCCUGCAGCGCCUGCGCCCUGGUGGCGUCUACACCGUGCAGCUGCAGGCUGUGAGCCAGUGGGGGCCGAUGCGGCUGCGGAGCCCGAAGGCUGCCCUGCACUUCACGGCCGCCAGCGCGCAAGGCAUUGACACUGAGUCAGCAUCACUCGAACUUCCCAGGAGCCUUUGCAGUGAGCACUCUGUCAAUCAUGGGUCAUCAGCAUUUUGAACGGACUUCCCAGAAGCCUUUCUGGGAAGGGCUCAUGUCAACAAUGGGUCGCCAUGGAGACGCCUCUUGGACUUACCAGAAGCCUUUGCAGUUGGGGCUCCUGUCAAUUGGUGCAGUCCCCGAUUCACACAGGCAUGACUGCCACACCCAUGAACAUGCAUGUGCAAACCCGGCUACAUACGUGUGCACC